AUGGAUCCAGGGCCAUUUGACAACGCGGGCUUCUCAUUUGAGCGUCGGCGGAUGCCAUAUGCAACGUCAGUGCCAUCCGACGGGACCGAGUCCGCCAGACGGCCUGACACAGAGCCAACAAGCACGAGCAAACCCGCAGAGGAAGAAGCUUCAACACCCCAAGCGAAGCCAAAAGGCCGUCGUUAUGGCCCACGAACAUGUCGAAUUUGUCUCGAAACUGAGCAUCCCAAGUUUCCAACUGACAUUCCCAGAACGUUUGGCGUCUCGACAACGUCAUCAAGCCCUGUGUACGAGUCGGACGACCCAGAGCUAGGCAGACUCCUGUCGCCUUGCAAAUGCAAAGGCUCGUCCAAGUAUGUUCACGAGGGCUGUCUUGACGCAUGGCGGUUGACGAAUCCCACUGCCACGAGAAAUUUUUGGCAGUGUCCAACUUGCAAAUUUACGUAUCGCCUUGCUCGACUGCAUUGGGCUUCGAGGCUAAGCAGCAAAUGGGCCCAGAUUGCUCUGACCGUGGUGGUCAUCAUUGUCAGCCUCUUCAUCCUCGGAUUUAUUGCCGAUCCUAUCCUGGACUUGUGGUUUGACCCCGUGGGAUCGAUUGCCGACACUGUGUCGAGCGUCGUAUCGGAUCCUGAUGGUUUGCGGCCACAGAUAUACGAAGAGCCAGCUACGUGGGCUGAACAUUUUACCAAGGGCUUCUUUUCCCUGGGGCUCAUUGGUGCUAUCAAAUCGUUCGUUGCCAUGGGUCCUUGGCACUGGAUAAAUUUCCGUGCCGGAGGUUUAUUUGGAUCCGGAAGACGAGGCGGCACAGGCAGGAGCAGGAUGGAUAACUUCAACCUGCUAUUUGUUAUCAUUGGCGCCUUUACGUUUAUGAUGGCUGUGUGGAAAUUUGUCAAAGCGAUGAGUGCACGAAUUCUGACCAACGUCAGUAACAAGGUGAUGGAUGUGGGCGACGAUGAUGACGACGAAGAUGAAGCUACACGAGAUGAUGGUGAUCAUGGCCCAAGCUAA